GCGAGAAUCCAUGUGGCAGUAAUAAUGGCGGGUGUUCUCAUCUGUGUCUGAUGUCACCAAUAUCUCCGCGAUACAAGUGUGCUUGUCCAACUGGGGUCCGAUUACUUCCUGGAGAGAAGAUAUGUGCUGAUGGUGUAGAGGAGAUGUUACUGCUGGCUCGUAGGACUGACUUAAGGAGGAUCUCACUUGAUACCCCAGAUUUCACAGACGUAGUACUGCAGCUAGACAAUAUUAAACACUCUAUUGCUAUAGAUUAUGAUCCCGUGGAGGGAUAUGUAUAUUGGACAGAUGAUGAAGUGAGGGCUAUAAGAAGGGCCUUUCUUAAUGGAACAGGUCAAACAGUAUUAAUUGACACAGAAGUGGAUCAUCCGGAUGGGAUAGCUGUAGAUUGGAUAGGACGCAAUCUAUAUUGGACUGAUACGGGUACUGAUCGUAUUGAAGUGGCUCGACUUAAUGGAACAUCAAGGAAAAUUCUCAUAUCAGAAAAUCUUGAUGAGCCGAGAGCAAUCUGUUUAGAUCCAGAGAGAGGAACAAUGUGGUGGACAGACUGGGGAGCUGUUCCUAAAAUAGAGACAGCCUUCAUGGAUGGCACAAAUAGAGUAACUGUGAUUGACAAAGACCUUGGCUGGCCCAAUGGUAUUGUUGUGGACUACGAUGAUAAUAAGAUAUACUGGUGUGACGCUAAACUUGAUAAAAUAGAAGUGGCCAACAUGAAUGGUACAGGACGCCGAGUUCUAGUUAAAGACAAUCUACCGCAUCUAUUUGGCUUUAGUUUACUAGGUGAUUAUUUAUACUGGACGGAGUGGCAAAGAAGAUCAGUAGAGAGAGUAAAUAAGAGAACAGGAGGAAACAGAACUCUAAUUAUAGACCAGUUACCUGACCUGAUGGGGCUAAAGGCAGUUAAAGUGAAGAAAACUGCAGGUACGAAUGACUGUGCUAACAACAAUGGUUGGUGUAGCCAUCUGUGCCUGUACACACCAAAAGGUGCCCAGUGUGCCUGUCCAAUGGGGCUUGAACUCAUCAGUAAAGGCAAGAAAUGUAUAGUGCCGGAGGCAUUUCUCCUGUUUACAAGGGAGCGAGAUAUAAAACGAGUGUCACUCUCAGAGUCUCACCGAGUUGUGCCAAUACCACUGAAGGGCAUUGACAAAGCUAUGUCGCUGGACUUUGAUAUAGGAGAUAAUAGAAUAUAUUGGACUGAUGGGGAUUUAUUGUCUAUAAGCAGGGCAUUCAUGAAUGGCAGUUCUAUUGAGACAAUAAUUAAGUUUGGAAUAACUGCACCCGAAGGUCUGGCAGUCGACUGGGUCGCUCACAAUAUUUAUUGGGCUGAUUCUAAAACCAAUCGUAUAGAAGUUGCCCGACUUGACGGGUCAUCAAGAAGGGUUCUUGUCUGGGAAGGUCUUAGUCAUCCAAAAGCUAUAGCUCUAGAUCCACCAAAUGGAUAUAUGUACUGGAUUGAUUGGUCACAACCUCCUAAAUUAGAGCGUGCAUGGUUAGACGGAACUCACCGUGAGAAGCUGCCAGUUGAAUUGGGUCGAGUUUAUGGGUUGACAAUAGAUUACAUAGAGAAACGCCUCUACUGGACAGAUUUUGACAAUAAAUGUAUAGAAUCAGCAAAUAUGUUAGGUGAAGAUCGUAAAAAAAUUGUCCAAUCAGAUACAGAGAAGGGCCCAAUGGCCUUGACCCAGUAUCAGGAUUACUUAUACUGGACAAAUAUGGAGAAACAGACUAUAGAGAGAGCCAACAAAACAACAGGAAAUAAUCAGACUAUAGUUUUAGAAUAUGUGGAUAAUGUCAUGGAUUUACUGAUAUUUCAUGGUUCAAGGCAAUCUGGUUGGAAUGGUUGUCUAGGAAACAAUGGAAAAUGCUCCAACCUGUGUCUUGCCCUGCCUGAUGCUAUCAAUAAGACGGAAAGGCAGAAAUGUUCCUGUCCAACUCAUUACACACUUGAUGCUAACAACCAAACGUGCUCACCACCGGAAUCAUUCAUCUUGUUUAGUCAGAAGACAGAGAUUAGCCGGUUGAUAGUGGAUGAUGAAAACACUGACACGGCUCCCGAUGUCGUUCUACCUAUUCAAAAUGUACGCAACCCAAAAGCUAUAGAUUAUGAUGAGAAGAAAGGUCAUCUUUACUGGAUCAGCGGGAAAUCAAAGUCCAUCAAGAGAUCAAAGUUAGAUGGUUCAGAA